AUGGGCCCUGGAUGGAUUCGAGGAAAUGAAGAGAUGGCGAAUCACAUGCAUAUCUUGAUAUCAGAGGUGAAGCUAGCACCAAAAUCCGACGUGGAGGAAGCACUGAAGAGAAUUCAGCCAGACGUUUUUGAAGAAGGCCCAGGACGUUGUACCAAGGAAGAAGUCACUCUACAACUAAUACCGAGUGUGCGCCCCGUAUUCUGCCGCAGUCGACCAGAACCUCACGCAGCAGUGGAGAAGGCUAUCUCCAGCAUAUUGAAAGAAUGCAUCAGAAAUUCGCCGCUGAGUCAUGAACACGUCCGUAUGUGGGAGUGGAAGAUGGCCGGAAGUCAUUUCGGAUCUGGCACCAUUCUUAACAGAAGAGAGAUACUGUCGUCAACGCCGACUAAAUGUCAUGUUAUGAUUUAG